AUGGAUGACACACCACCCUCAGCUUCGUCGUUCAACUCACAAGAUGCAAAUGAGUUCACUCCGUUGUCAACGUGUGAUCCGUUAAUAUUUUAUGAUACAUUAGAAGGUAAGACAAGAACAGAAAUCAAAGCAAUAACAAAUCGUAUUAAAGCUAAAUUAUCAUCUGACAAACAACAUUUUUGUGUGACACCAAGUGCAACCAGAACAGCAAAAUAUUGGAAAAUUUUCGGUCAUCCAUCACAGAUAUUCAUUGUUGGUGAAAAACGUGAAGUUAGACAAAUCCCGAAUUUUAUAUCUUGUCAAAAAUGUUUCAAAACGUUUGUUCACAGUAGAACCAGCGGCACUUCAACAUAUAAUGAUCACAAAUGUUUGGCAGCGUUAUUAGCAGCUGAAAUUAAAGCAGUAACAACAUCACAUCCUUCAGCAUCGAAUUCACUAUUAGCAUCUCCAGCAUGCUCUAAAUCGCCAACACAACAAACAUUAACAAGUUGA